AUGUUUCGAAAAAAAACUUAAAUAAAAUAUUCUUAAUGUGUAGUGUUACACUUAUCACGAACUUAGCACGUCCGUGCACUCAUUGCUAUACAUCCAACCUGACUCGGUCUGUGACUGGACUUUGAGCUCAAGUGAAAUCAAGUCUGUGCAGUCCUUGGAAUAUGCGCUGUCAUUAUUAGGCACAGGCAUUUCAGCAGGAAAGUUUGCAUAAAACGAUUGGGAGCCAGAGAAAAAAAAACAUAACAGGUUUUCCCUAAAGUGUUUCAUAUAAAUAAAAAGUUGUCUUCCUCCCUGCCAAACAAAAUAAAGGAGAAAUAUCAUCAUGAAGUCUGCUCUCGUAAUUGGUGCAUCCAGAGGAAUUGGACGGCAAAUUGCUCUCACACUUGGUGAAAAUGGUUAUAAAGUUUGUGUCGCCGCAAAAACAGUUCAGGGUUCUGACAAGUUACCAGGAAGCAUUGAAAUGGUAGCAAAUGAAAUCAGAGCUAAAGGUGGUGAUGCAUUCGUCAAGAAAUGCGAUGUUCGCUUUGAAAAAGAGCUAAAAGACACUGUGCAGGAAUGUCUUCAUCACUUUGAUAGAUUGGAUUAUGCUAUUUACAAUGCUGGAGCUAUUGCAUGGAAACCUGUGUUGGAAACACCCCUCAAACAGUUUGAUCUAAUGAAUGAAGUGAAUGUUCGUGGGGCAUAUAUUAUGAUACAAGAAGUUCUUCCACAUUUUUUGAAACAGAACAGUGGCAAAAUUCUUCUGGUCUGCCCUCCUAUUUACAAUAGGUUCUUCAAAGGAAAAACACCUUAUGCUGUCACAAAAUGUGGCAUGACCAUAUUGGUGCAUGGGCUAGCAAAUGAACUCAAGGAGACUGGUGUGUCAGUUACUGGGCUGUGGCCUGCCACUGUUAUUGAGAGCCAUGUGACCACUGUACAGAAUCUUCCCACCCAGUACAUGCGCACCGCCCACAUCUUUGCAGAUGCAGUGCUUAAAAUUGGUCAAGAACCAACGCAGAGGUUAAAUGGUCAGGCACUGAUUGAUGAAGAUUAUCUCCGUUCCAUUGGGAUGAAUGAUUUCACCAAAUAUCGCUGUGAUCCAUUAUCUGAACCACCUCGUAUGAUGCCAAAGCAAAUGCCUUCUCUUCUUGUUGAGGAAGAGAAUGAAAGUCUUUCAUGGAAUAAGCCUAAGCUUUAAUGUGAUGCUAGAAUAGCUUUUCUAACUAUAGAUGAUAAGAAAGACUUUCACUUCAGAAUUAUGAAGCUUGAAUUUGUAAUUAUUGCCUUAUAUUAAAAUAAUAUUGAAACAGAUGCUGUUUUUAAAGUCUCCUUUGUUUUAUUUGUUGAGAAUAGCAGAAUUAGUAAUUUCCUCACUGACUUAUACGAAAACAUUCUACAGCAUAUUUGCUUACUAGCUUUAAAUACAUCCAUCAUAAAAUAUGGUGAAGAUUAGAUUACAAGUGCUAGAAGUGUUUUUUAAACUAUUUUUCAGAGCUAACUGUGAAUCUGCGAUUCAGAAAAAUUCUGUACACUUAGUAUUUGAUAGGAAAAUUUUCCACAUCCACUUUCAUCUUUAUUGAGAAAAUGACCGAUUUUUCCAACUUAUUUAGUCACCAAAGUGUUUAUGCAAUACUUCGAGAUGUUUUUGUAAAUAGAUCAAUUGCUGCUUUAGAUAAUUAUACAUUUGCAUAUUUUAUUUGUUGUUUGUUAGACAAAGAAGAACUGAUUUAUUUAGUCGUUUCCUUGCUAUAUGACAAUGAUGUCCAUUUCUUAAAUUCCUUUUCUUUCUCUGUUGGAGUACUUUUCUGUUGUUUUUUUUUUUAAUCUGUCUCGCUAUAUAUGUAUAUACAACGUCAGUCCCAGUUAUGUUCAAACAAAUACAGACUUUGGUAUCAUCUAGUUUGCAUGAAAUGUGUGUCCAUGCUUUAACUCGUACUGGUGCUUGCGGGGUUUUGUGUGUUGAACACGAUGGUAAACUGGCUGAGACUGUCUUGUAAAUCAUCUUGCACAUAUGAUGUAUGUUUUGUGAAUGAAUUGUUUUUACCAUUUAAGUGUUGACAUAAUUAAGACUUUCCUUGUUGUUACCAUGAUUACAUAGUAAUCUUGCUCAUUGGGUUGGGAUAUGCUGAUAUAUAAAUAUUAAAUGGUAGGUAUAUAGUAAACUUAUGUUUUCAAAAUUAUUUAGGUUUUUUAAAAUAUUAUUUGAAAGCAGCUGAUUGAGAAUAGCAGUUAGGAGGGCUCAUCUCACUCACACACUAACUGAUGCCGUGACAUUCACUCAAUAACAGAAAAAAAAGUCCAUUAAAAUUCUAUUACCCAAAGUUUAACCUAAUCCCUAUAGCCUAUAUUCUAUAGCCACUUUUUUUUUAAAAAAGGAGAAAAUUCUCCAAACCGCCCAUCAUUGUAAAAAGUGUUGAUCGUGGCAUCGUAGGCCCUCCCAAAGCAAACUUGUACUGCUUCUUCAAAAAAUUUAAACAAUUAAAAGAGUU